CUCUAUUCGACAUUUCAAAUACCAUCUCCUCAAAACAGCAUAAAAGAUCUGCUGCAGCUAGUAUCAAAAGGUUCCCAGACAAAAGAGGGUAAAAGACAACGAGCAGCUGUGAGGAACCCGGAUCCCGGGCUGGACAGCCAUGACACCGCCCCCACCCCGGCGCAUGCGCGGCAGCGGCACCCUGGCGAGAUGGCGGAGGAGGAGCCGAGGCGGCGGAUCCCGCUGGUGCCGGAGAACUUGCUGAAGAAGAGGAAGGCCUACCAGGCCAUCAAGGCCACCCAGGCUAAGCAGGCGCUCCUCAACAAGCGGAAGCACCAGAAGGGGAAACAAAUCCAGUUUAAACGCCUCGAGGCUUUUGUUCGAGAUUCAUGGCGCAAACACCGAGACGACAUCCGGCUGCGGCGCAUGGAGCAGAGACCUGGACAGACAGCUGUACCUCAGGAGCACAAACUAGCCUUUGUUGUGCGGAUUGUAGAUAUUAAGGGAGUGAGUAAGAGGGUAAGAAGAGUGAUUGAGUUGCUGCGGCUGAGAAAAAAUUUCACUGGAAUAUUUCUUAAACUGACUCCUUUAUCGCUGAAGAUGCUGCGGGUUGUGGAACCUUACGUGGCGUGGGGACACCCUAACCUGAAAUCUGUACGAGAGCUCAUCCUGAAACGGGGCCAAGCCAAGAUUAAGAAAAAGAGGAUGCCUCUGACAGACAAUAUGCUGAUAGAGGAACAUUUAGGAGACUGUGGUAUUAUUUGCCUGGAAGACCUUAUUCAUGAAAUCUACUCAGCUGGGAAGCAUUUCAAAAAAGUCACAAACUUUCUGUGGCCAUUCCAUCUGUCAGUGGCUCGCCAUGCUUCACGUAACAAAGUAGGCUUCCUUAAGGAAAUGGGUAAGCCUGGCUGCAGAGGUGAAGCAAUCAACCAGCUUAUACGUCAGCUGAACUAGUCAGGGUCUUUGUGAAAACUUCAGGAUUUAUAACCUGUUCCUUUUCACAUGUAGUUUUCAUGGACAUUAUCUCUAUGCAAUGAUAUAGUAUAUCUCUUGACUGUUGGUGCCUCUGUAAAAAAGAAACAAACACACAGAUGACGAUGGAGAUGGACUUUGGGGCUGGUCCUUCUUAAAGAAGAUAAAUUGUAUUUGGUGGACAAGAAAGAAAGAAGUGACUUGAACUUCCCGGAACAAUCUGACUUCUGCGUCUCUG